CAGGAACAGUAUAAUUACAGCUUAUUGUGACCUGCAAAUUUACUAAAAUCUUUUCCCUUCCCUCUGUCAACUACUAUGUCGGAUCAAAAGAACGUCGUUGUCGUCGGUCUCUCUUCUUAUGGCCUUAAUGUUGCUAAGGAACUCGGCGUUAAAUUGCCCAGUGGAUACAGAGUCAUUGGUGUGGAAAAGAAUGACUUCGGUUUCAACCCUGUGCCAGCCUUGAGAGCAUCCACCAUUCCUGGCUGGGAAGACAAAGUCUUGUUCCCUCUCAACAACUUUUUCCCCUCAUCAUCCAAGAAUCUCGUAUUCGGCGGUGUUGCCGUCACUGGCAUAACCAAGGACUCUGUCAAGCUUGAAAAGAGCAUCACCAUUGAUGGUGUCUCUACUGAUACCAUUUCCUACGCAUACCUAGUUAUCGCUACCGGUUCCCGGGCAGCUUUCCCCAUUCGUAUUCCUACUACCACUGACCUCGAAGAAGCCAAGGAAGGCUUCCGCGACAUGCAAAAGCAAGUUGCCAAGGCUCAAAAGGUUCUCAUCAUUGGUGGAGGUCCAGUUGGCUUCGAGUUUGCUGGAGAGAUCACCGAAUAUUACAAUGGAUCCAACGGCAGAGAGAAGAAGGAUGUUACUUUAGUCAGCUUGCUACCAAAGUUGUUGCAUCCCGAUGCAAAGGACAGCACUCAUCAAAAGUGUUUGAGCGCCUUGAAGAAGGCUGGUGUCAAGGUUAUUUUGGGCCAUGGUGUCCAAGAUUUUGACCCUAAUCAAAACGGAUACCUUGGCGAACCCAAAAAGUUCACUCUCGAUAACGGAGAAACCGUUGAGGCCGAUUUUGUCCUUGCUGGUGUAGGACCAAGAGCCAACACCAACCUUGUUGCUGAGGCUUUCGGAGAAGCUGCGCUUGAACAACCUACUCGCCAAGUCCGUGUUCGCCAGACUUUGCAACUUGUUGAUUAUGACAACAUCUUUGCCGCUGGUGAUAUCACCAACAUCAAGGAAAACAAGAUGGCUGCCUGGGGUUCUAAGCACGCUGCUAUCAUUGCCGGCAACAUCAAUGCUCUUAUCAACAAUGCUCCAUUGAAGGAUUACAGCCCUAUGGGUGGACUCGUCAUGCUUGCAUCCUUCGGAGCAACUCAAGCUUAUGGUCAACUUCCAUUUGGUCUUUCUCUUCCUUCCUGGCUCGGAGCCAGACUUAAGUCCAAGACCCUCUUCGCACAAAUGAUGCCAGAAUUGCUUAAUAUCAAGUCAGCAUAAACUCAAAUUUAUUAAUAAUAGAUAAUUUCUUACUUUGUUUUAAAUA